GCUGCGUUUUGUAAAUUUUUCACAUAUUUUUACAGCUGCUCAAGACGCGCAGUCGCGAUUCGUAGACGUGCGUUCAAUCCAGGCGGUCGUCGCUUGUCGCAGUUCCCAAAAAUCUUUCAAAAAUCUGCCCAAAAAAUCUCGAGCCCAGCGCGUGUGUGCCCCAACCCAACCCCUGCCCAGCCUGCCCGAAACGACACAAAACAAAAGUAAAAGUGCCAAAAAGUUUAAAAAAAUAAAUCAAAGCAGAAUACAAAACAAACAAACACAAAGAGGAAGUUCCCAGAGCCCCCAAAAGCUACACUGGAAAAUAGAAAACAAAAGAAGAAAGGAGUUUCGUGUGCUAUCAAUUUUUUUUGUCGUUGCAUUUUGUUUUUGUUUCUGGUGAAAAUGAUAUAAGAAGAAAGAUCAUAUACAAUAUAUAUGUAAAUAUUUCAUUUAGCACCAGCCCGAACCGACAUUGGAUACUUUUUUUGUGGUGUUUGCAUAUUCUUUUUUUUCUGUGAGUGUAUUUUCUGAGUGAAAGUGAGGCAGGCCGUUGAGCGCAGAGACGUCGCAGGAACGUGCCCGAUCAAUUUGUGGGCCACUCACACACACCCAGACCCACAGACACCACCAUCAUACCAUCUUCACCCGAAUGGUAAUGAUGGGUCACCAGCAGACGAUGCUAGUGCUGGCGAUGCUGCUUUCGCUCCUGGCCACCCCCCAGGCGGCCAUCGACAAGGACGAGGGCAAGCAGUCCUCCUCCUCCUCUGUGAGGCACAACAUCACCGGCGACCAGCACAACGUGAUUAACCUGAGCCUGCACCCGGGCCUCGCCCUCCCCCUCCCCACCACCAACGAACCCCCGCUGCCAUCCGCCAUCGAUCUGGCACACGCCCGCCGUCUGCGCGAUGCCCUCAACGUGUUCGAUCUGACUCUGCUGGCGGAUCAGUGGAGCAGCCUGGAGGCCUCCGGCGCCCUCGGCUCCAACUGCAGCAGGGACAUGCGAAACUAUCUGAGCGGCCUCAGCGACUCCAAGAUGUGGGCCGUCAAAAUGGACGAUGCUUCCGGCCAUUAUACAUCCGGUUUCUUCUAUGGCAACAACUAUUGGAUGGGUUCGUUGGCCCUUUGCGAUGCCAUUGACGAUGGCCGGACAAUGGUUGCCACCGCCGCCAACGGCAAGGACAACAGCUCCGCCUCGGAGGACGCCGCUCUCCCGAACCGAAACAGUGGCCUGCCCUUCGCUGCGGCCCAUACCCAGGCCUACAACACCGUCUACAAUGCCCCGCCGCCCUUUGAGCCCGGCUUCUAUGUGAUCAAGAUGCAGCUAAACGAGACGCUGCCCACAGAAGUGGUGCGCACCAUUUACGUGGGCAUGUGUCUGCCCUCGAGCUGCUCCAUUCCCGACGUCCACGAGAUGAGCAGCCAUGCCCGCGUGGAGCUGCCGACGCGGGACCUGCGCGUCCUGGACAUCCGUGUGCCCACCGACAAGGAGUUCAACAUUUGGGCGGACAAGACCUUCUGCCUGCUGAUCGUCGUGUCGGGCAUUGUAAUGGGCCUGAUCUGCUGCGGCACCCUGUACGAGAUCUACCUGAGGAGGCGCCUCAAGGAGGCGCUGCGUCGCCAGGACAAGGAGAUGAUGAACAACAGCGAGACGAGCUCGGGCAUCGGCUGUGCCUCCUCCGACUACAGCGACACCAUGACGGCGCACGAUGAUCCCCUGAAGCACGCGUCGACGCACACGUCCCAGUCCAGUUCCCUGAAGCAGUUGGACCAGUUGGUCCUGAAUCUGCCGCCGCCGCUGACGGGCAAUGACAACGACAGUGGCAAUGGACAUCACGAUCACCACGGGCACGAGCACGAGCAUGAGGACGAUCAUCAUGGGAGCAGGAGCAACAACAGCACCUCGGAUGAGCAUCUGGAGGGGCAUCUGCACGAGCCGGAGAAGCUCAGCAUCUACUCGGAGCUGCUGCUUUCCUUCUCGGCGAUCACGAACUUCAAUGCGAUCUGCGAUCGCAAUGUGGGCGCCGACACGAUACCCUGCAUCCAUGGCCUGCGUGCCUUCAGCAUGGCCUGGGUGAUCCUCGGGCACACCUGCAUCGUGGUCUUUAAGUACUCCGACAAUAUGGAGAUGCGCAAGGAGGUGGAGCAGAACUUCUUCUUCCAGGCCAUCACCAACGGCCCCUUCAGCGUGGACACGUUCUUCUUCAUCAGCGGCUUCCUCAUCUCCUACAUCUACUUCCGCACCAAUGCCAAGGGAAAGCUGAACAAGCUGAGCAAGGGCGCCAAUGAGUUUACGGCCGGAACGGCCCAUUUCUUCGGAUUGGUCGCCUAUCGCUUCAUGCGCCUCACCGCACCCUAUCUGUUUGUGCUAGGCGUGGUCCAGGUAACCAUGAAGUAUCUGGCCGCAUACUCGAUCUUCGAUCCCCCCACCAUGGAUCACAUCACCUGCCCAGACUACUGGUGGCGCAACAUACUGUACAUCAACACCCUGUUCCCCGUCGACGAGAUGUGCAUGCUCUGGAGCUGGUAUCUGGCGAAUGACACACAGUUCUACAUGAUCGGUGCCAUCAUCCUGAUCGUGGGCGUGCGGCACUUCAAGCUAUCGGCCAUUACCACGUUGGUGUUCCUGGUGCUGUCGUGGAUCACGACCGCUGUGAUCGCGUUCACCAACAACCAUCGCCCGAACACCGACGAUCCCCUGGCUCUGUUCGACAAGAUCUACGACAAGCCCUGGACCCGUCUGGGGCCCUAUCUGAUCGGCAUGGCCGUCGGCUGGAUCCUGUUCCGCACCAACUGCAAGAUCCGGCUGCCAAAGCUUACAGUGGCCACCGCCUGGGCCCUGGCCAUGCUCAAUCUCUUCGUGCUCAUCUUCGGGCUGUACCAGACCGAUCUGUCGCAGUUCACGGCCGCCGCCUACAGCUCGCUGAGCCACUCGGCCUGGGCGCUGUCCCUGGCCUGGAUCACGAUCGCCUGCUCCACGGGCUACGGGGGCUAUAUCAACUCCCUGCUGUCGGCGCCCUGCCUCUAUCCCUUCUCGCGGGUCACCUACUGCGCCUACCUGGUCCAUCCCAUUGUCAUACGCUCGAUGGCGCUCAACUCGGAUGCGCCACUGCAUUUGGGCGGGGAUCUGAUGGUCGUCAUGUUCUUCGGUCUGACGGUCGCCUCCUACUUCCUGUCGUUCGUUGUCUCGAUGUCCUUCGAGGCGCCCGUUGUCACAAUGCUGAAAAUCUUGUCACCUAGUCGAAAGAAACGUCUCGCCUAAAGACCAAACCUACACCUAAACCAUACCCCAAAAACCAUCCCAAAACCCAUACCCGAUUAUUUAUGCGUUACUAUACAUACACAAUCCAUGUUAUCAUGUUAUCUAUUCCUCGUCCUUGUCCUUGUCCUCGUUCUUACUCGUAUCUCCCCCCCAAAACCUCAUUCGAACUUAAUCAAGCAAUGCCCACAUAUUUAUAGCAUCGUUUCAUACACAUACUCGUACACGAUUCUAGUUCAGAUCGUUUUCUAUAUAUAUAAACAUAAAUAUAUAUGUAUGUAUCUACGUAUACUCCAUGUAUCCCUGACUCCUUCGUUUCUCUACCAUUCCAUUGAAAGAUUUCUGCGGAAAAAUCUCUUCUAUUAUUUCUCAUACUGUUUUUGUUUUCAUAAUGUGUACAUUUUAGUCCUUUAAUUUAUUCCAAUGGUUUGGAAACUUUGUGCGCGACGAUGAGUAAUACAUACAUAGUACUUAAUAGUAAUAAUUAUACGAAACUAUAGUACCUAAUUUUAUAAAAUCAUGUUGUAUAU